GGUAGUAAGACAAGCAUUGCCAGGUUUUUUUUGGCAGUCCAUGACGUCCAGACUUGGGGGCGACGAAUCAAAUUAGCGGAGACAACUAACACAACCAAACACGACGCCAUGCUUCAACUUACCUAACACAUCGCGAUUAUAAGCUUUGAAUUACCGGUCUUAGGGUUGUUGAUUGGAUUCGCUUAGUAGGAGCGAUCUGAUAUGGAGUCGUUUUAAGUUACGCGGGUACUCAGCUAAGCCUGAAAAUGACCAUUAGUGCGUCGCGUCCAUGUCACGGCUGAAGAGCUUAAAAUCAUGACGUCAAUCGCAAACGCACGGUUGUCGAACCCUACUACGCAAUCUACAGUGACUGUAUCCUAGUACCUAAAUAUUUGAUAUUUAUAGUGGGAGUCAACCAAAUCUGUUGUACAUACCCUCACAAUCUCAUAACGGCAUCGUAGCUUUUAGUCUCUCCCCGAGACAUAAAACAUUUACUUCGUCGGGAUUGGAACGGGACGGUACUCGCGGACUGCAUAUUCUCACGAACUGGAAGCGUCGUUAUCACAUAAUAACCACCCAUCUCUACUACAUUGAAAAUGGGUCUCUUCAGUCGUCGCCGGGCUGAUGGUGCCGGUACCAGUGCCGGUGCCGGCCCCGUCAAUGGGCGUCACAAUGGACAAGCCUACGAUACUAUGGGCUAUCCCAUGGCAGUCCGUCCGAGUUUCGGCCAAUGGCUGAAAGUCACAUGGAUUGAUAUCAUUACGAUGAUAUGCAUGGGCGCCAUCGGACUCGGCGUAUACGAAGCUCACCCGGCCCCAACUCGAUCCUUCGCGGUGACUUUCUCCGACGGCGAGGUCGUCUACCCCGAGUUCGCGUACCCGCUCCGCAAGGAAAUCAUCCCCAUCUGGCUCGCCGCCUUCCUGGCCGCCAUCGUCCCCAUCGUGAUCAUCCUGCUGAUGCAGAUCCGCGUGCGCUCCUUCUGGGACGUCAACAACGCCGUCAUCGGGCUGCUCUACUCGCUCAUCACCGCCGCCGUCUUCCAGGUCUUCCUCAAGUGGCUGAUCGGCGGCCUGCGCCCGCACUUCCUCGACGUGUGCAAGCCGGACAUUUCGCGCGCUAGCAACGCCGCCGGCGUCAAAGGCGCCGGGUACAAUGCCGCGGGCUACAACGGCAUAUACUACACGCAGGAGAUCUGCACGGGCGACACCAAGGAGAUCAACGACUCGCUCGAGUCGUUUCCCUCGGGCCACAGCACCGCCGCCUUCGCGGGUUUCGUGUACCUCGCCAUCUACCUCAACGCCAAGCUGAAGGUCUUCGCUAACUACCACCCGGCCAUGUGGAAGCUGGUCGCCGUGUACGCGCCCGUGCUCGGCGCCACGCUGAUCGCCGGCGCCCUGACCAUCGACGAGUUCCACAACUGGUAUGACGUCGUCGCCGGCGCUAUUAUUGGCACCGUCAUGGCGUUUUCGGCUUACCGCAUGUGCUACGCGUCGAUUUGGGACUGGAGGUGGAAUCAUGUACCGCUGCACCGCGGUCAGCCUUGCCUGUACACGUAUGAUGGCGUCGAGCUUAUGGACGCUAUGUGGACGCGGAAGGCGGGCUGGGGCGCGGGCGCGGGCGCGGCGAGCGGGUUUGGUGGUGCUGGUGGUGCCGGGCAUGCUGGUGCCGGGCAUGCUGCUGGGAAUGAGCAGGGCGGCGCUGGGACGUUUUCUAGGAAGCCGGUUGGAAGCGGGACGGCUAGGAGAGGUGAUGAUAUGGUCUGAGAUGUUUUCUGGCCGAGGUGUUUACUCGAUGACUUUGAUUAGGGCGUUUGGCGAGUUCGGAGGGAUGAAAACAUGCUGGGUGGGGUGAAUUUUAAUGGGAUGCUAGACAGCAAAAGGCUAGGCUAGGCCAUUAAUUUAAUCACGAUAUCUGUGUGCUU